AUUCCCUUGAAAUUCCCAGAAAUUUGCCCAAAAUUCCCAUGAAAUUCCCAGAAAUUUGCCCAAAAUUCUCAUUUUUCCCCCGUUUUCCAGCAGGCUCUGGGUGCUCUGACGUAACUUCCCGUGGUGGUCGCUUAGCAACGCGUCGCGCUGCUGGCGUCGCGCCGCUGACGUCACUUCCUCCUUCUCCCUCACCGGCGCCGCCAUCAUGGCGGCCGUGUCGGUGUUCCCGUCCCCAGGCGAGCUCGGCGCGGCGCUGGCGCGGUCGGUGGCGGAGGCGGCGGCCGAGGCGGUGGCGAGCGGCGGCCGCUUCACGCUGGGGCUGUCCGGGGGCUCGCUGGUGCAGCUGCUGGCGCGGGAGCUGCCGGCCGCCCUCAGCGCCGUGGCCGGCUCCGAGCCGAGCCGCUGGCUCGUGGCGUUCUGCGAUGAGCGCCUGGUGCCGCCCGAGCACCCCGAGAGCACCGGCGGCGCCUACCGGGCCCAGCUGCUGCCCCGGCUCCCCGCCCCCCCCCGCGUGCUCUGGGUCCGUUCCGAGCUGGGCCCGGCCGAGGCCGCGCGGGACUACGAGGGCAGGCUGAGACAGGAGUUCCCGGGCGAGGACCCCCCCCGGUUUGAGCUGCUGCUGCUGGGGGUGGGGCCGGACGGACACACGGCCUCGCUCUUCCCGGGACACGCCCUGCUCCAGGAGCAGAAUUCCCUGAUUUCCUACCUGCUGGACUCUCCCAAGCCGCCUCCCCAGCGGGUGACGAUGACGCUGCCGCUGCUCAACGCCGCCAAAUCCGUGCUGGUCGUGGCCACCGGCGCCUCCAAGGCCCCUGUGAUCCAGCGGAUCCUGGAGCAGCAGGAGCCGGAUCCCGUCCCGGCCGCGCGGCUCCGGCCCCGCUCGGGGCGGCUCCGGUGGCUCCUGGACCGGGAGGCGGCGGCGGAGCUGAGGGAGCCCCCGGCACCCUGAAAUGGGGGGAAAAUUGAGGAAUUCCGGGAGAAAUGGGAAAUGUGGACUUGGGAGGGAGGAAUUCCAGAGGAAAAAACAAAAAAAAACCAGGAGAAAUGGACUUGAAAUGGAAAAAUUCUGUGGAAAAAUGGGGAAAAAAUGUCCUUAAAAUGGAGAAAUUCCCAGGAAAAAUGUCCUUAAAAUGGAGAAAUUCCGUGGAGAAAUGUAUUUAAAAUGGAGAAAUUCCAGAAAAAACAGCAAAAAUGUCCUUAAAAUGGAGAAAAUCCCAGGAAAAAUGUCCUUAAAAUGAAAAUGGAGAAAUUCCAUGGGAAAAUGGCUUUAAAAUGGGGAAAUUCCAGAAAAAAAAAAACCAGCAAAAAUGCUCUUUAAAAUGGAGAAAUUCCAUGGAAAAAUGUUCUUUAAAAUGGAGAAAUUCCGUGGAAAAAUGGAGAAAUUCCAUGGAAAAAUGUCCUGAAAAUGCAGAAAUUCCAUGGAAAAAAAUGUCCUGGGAAUGGAGAAAUUCCAGAGAAAAAUGUUCUUUAAAAUGGAGAAAUUCAAUGGAAAAAUGUCCUUAAAAUGGGGAAAUUCUGGAAAAAAACAGCAAAAAUGUCCUUAAAAUGGAGAAAAUCCCAGGAAAAAUGGAGAAAUUCCAUGAAAAAAUGUCCUGAAAAAUGGAGAAAAUCCAGAGAAAAAUGUCCUUAAAAUUGGGAAAUUCCCAGGUAAAAUAUCUUUAAAAUUGAGAAAUUCAAUGGAAAAAUGUCCUUAAAAUGGAGAAAUUCCAUGGAAAAAUGGGGAAAAAAUGUCCUUGAAAUUGAGGAAUUUCUGGGGAAAAUGGGCUGGGAAAAUUCCAUGAAAAAUUUCUUUAAAAUUGAGAAAUUCCAUGGAAAAAUGGCUUUAAAGUGGAGAAAUUCCAUGGAAAAAUGGGAAAAAAUGUUCUUAAAAUGGAGGAAUUCCAUGGAAAAACGUCCUUAAUUGAGAAAUUCCCAUGAAAAUUUUCUUUAAAAUUGAAAAAUUCCAUGGAAAAAUGCCUUAAAAUGAAGGAAUUCCAGGAAAAACGUCCUGGGAAUUUCUCAAUUCCAGGGAAAAAAAAAAAUGGUUCUGGAAGUGAAAAUUCCAAUGGAAAUUAAUUAAUGGAGUGAAUUAAUUAAUGGAAUGAAUUAUUUAUGGAAUUCCCAGGAAAAAAUGGCCCAGAAAUUGAGGAUUUUCCCUGGGAAAAUAUCUCAGGAAUUGAGAAUUCCAAAGGGAUUUUUGGAUUCUUUUAAUUGGGAUUUUUGACUGGAUUUUUUUUUGGAUUUUUGGACCUUUUUUGGGGGGGGGAUUUUCGGCUUUUUAGUUUGGGAUUUUUGAAAAUUUUUUGAGAUUUUUGACUGGAUUUUUUGACCUUUUUAUUUGAUUUUUGGACUCUUUUUUUUUUUUUUUGGUGAUUUUACCUGAAUUUUUUGCGACAAGGGACGCUUUGGCUGAGCUGGGAAUUCUCGGAAAAUCCUCAAAAUUCUGGGAAAAAAAACCCAAAAAAUCAAAGAAAUCAAAAAAUUCUGAAAUCAAGAGCGGGACUGGGAAACCCAGCAGGAACUGGGAUCAACUGGGAGAGGAAAAAUGAAUCAAAACGGGCCAAAAAAUUGAGAUUUUGGAGAUUUAGGAGCUUUUAUUUUGAUUUUUUUUGGAAUAAACGGUGCUUGGGCUGAGCUGGAA